AUGGAGGGCGGCGGCGAGGACUACAAGGCGUUCGUGGCGCUGCACGGGCCGGCGUUGCGGGCCUCCGCCAUCCCCGAGCGCUACUGGGGCCGCCUCCUGCACAAGCUGCACCGCGAGAUAUUCGAUGCUGGUGAGAUGUUUGGAAUCAUGCAAGUAGAGGAAGUUGAGGAAGAUGAAGAAGAUGAUGAAGAAAUGCAAGAAGAGUUGAAAAAGAAACCAAAUCCAGGAAACGAACUCUGUUAUAAAGUUAUUGUGACCAAUGAAAACGGACUGCGAGCGAAUGAUCCCAACAGCAUAUUUCUUAUUGACCACGCCUGGACGUAUCGCAUAGAACACGCCCGCCAGCAGCUACUGCAGGUUCCAGGGCUGCUCCACCGAAUGGCCAACUUGAUGGGCAUUGAAUUUCAUGGAGAAGUCCCAGAUGAGGGCUCUGUGGAACUUGUUCUGGAAGAAAUGUGGAAGUACAAUCAGACCUACCAGCUCUCCCAAGGGACUGCAGAGGAAAAGGUUCCUGUGUGGUAUAUCAUGGAUGAAUUUGGAUCUAGAAUUCAGCACUCGGAUAACCCAAGCUUUGCAACAGCACCCUUAUUUUAUAUGCCUCAGCAGAUCGCCUACACAGUUCUUUGGCCCCUGAGAGACCUUGAAACAGGUGAGGAGGUGACCCGGGACUUUGCCUAUGGAGAAAUGGACCAGCUCGUCCGGAAGUGUGUGUUGUUGCCGUGGGUUCCUGCAGACGUGUUGGACGUCAGCUCUUCCACCCCUGAGCCAUCGGAGGAACACUACCAGGCCAUUUUGGAGGGAAACAAGGAGAAGCUUCCUGUUGGGAUAAGUCCACCAGCUUACCCCAAAGGCCAUGUUUUCAGGGUUUACACGGAUCUCCAGCAGGUGCUCAACAACCUCAACCAUCCCCGGUUUCAGUUCACCACCACGGAGGCCGAGGCAGACAUCUUGUACAACUUCUCACAUUUCAAAGACUACAGGAAAUUCAGUGAGGAAAGGCCUCACGUGAUGCUCAAUCAGUUCCCUUGUGAGAACCUCCUGACGGUGAAGGACUGCCUUGCCUCCAUCUCCAGGCGAGCCGGGGGGCCUGAAGGGCCUCAGUGGCUGCCCAGGACCUUCAACCUCCGGACGGAACUGCCGCAGUUCAUCAGCUACUUCCAGCAGCGAGAAAGGAGGGGAGAAGACAAUCAUUGGAUAUGCAAACCAUGGAACUUAGCUCGAAGCCUGGACACUCACGUCACUAACAGCCUCCGAAAUAUCAUCCGCCUCCGAGAGAGCGCCCCGAAGGUGGUCUCCAAGUACAUAGAGAGCCCCGUCUUAUUCCACCGAGAAGAUGUGGGGAUGGUCAAGUUUGACAUCCGCUACGUCGUGCUGCUGCGCUCCGUCAGGCCCCUGAGACUCUAUGCCUACGACGUGUUCUGGCUUCGAUUCUCCAAUCGGGCUUUUGCACUCAAUGAUUUGGAUGACUAUGAGAAGCACUUUACUGUGAUGAACUAUGACCCAGACGUGCCACUGAAGCAGGUUCACUACGAUGAAUUCAUUCCCCUGUUUGAGAAGCAGUACCCAGAAUACCCGUGGCAGAGUGUGCAGGCCGACAUCUUCAAGGCCUUCACCGAGCUGUUCCAGGCCGCGACUGCCAAGCCCGCGCCUCUGGGGGUCUGUGACUACCCUUCGUCUAGAGCCGUGUAUGCCAUCGACCUCAUGCUGAAGUGGGACCACGCUCCUCCUGACGGCAAGAAAGUCAUGCAGCCCCAGAUCCUCGAGGUGAACUUCAACCCUGAUUGUGAGCGGGCCUGCAGGUACCACCCCGACUUCUUCAACGAUGUCUUCAGCGCUUUGUUCCUGGAUGAGACCAAGAACAGUCACGUGACCUGCAUCAUCUAGGCCCGGCGUAUUCCCUCCCCUCCCCUGUGCUUUCUCCCUCAUGUGCUUCAGGGCCCAGAGACAGAGCGACCUUCCGGGGGCUUUGGGGACUCAGAAGCUGGAUGCCGAUGGGGCGUGUCUGCUAGUGACCGGGGCACGCGGCUGCAGCCCAGGCAGACCCGGACGUGUGCGUUCACGGGUUCCCUCACUGCCGGCCAACAUCGGCGGGUGCUUCGUUCUGUGAUUUCCCCCUUCCCGAGUGUAAAGUCUUCUGGAAUUGGGGUAUCCCCACACUUAGCAAGAAAAGGAGAGCUUCACCAGCAGCCUCAGCACCAUGGUCAGAAUCCUCCGGGGAAGAGGGUGAACAUUUGCCAAAGAACCUUUUUGGUCUGUGUGUAAUUAGAGCUCGUCUCGUGCGCGGUGGUUUACGGCCGCAAGUAUCUGAAAUUGUUGGCAGGACGUGUGUUCCCAUUUUGCGGGUGAGGAAACUGAUUUACAGGAGUGGAGGUGGGUCAUCGCGGGUGCCAGAGGGGCUCGGACCUCGGCUCAGGCGCUUUAUCACCAUUUCAGGAUUACACGUGCGCACGCGCGUCUCACUGCCUUCACUCUCUGUUGUGCACAGUUGUCUAGAUUUCAAGACCCAAUAGCCCUGAAGCUGCUUGGUGCCCAUUGGUUUUCUCUGAGCCCUGAACAUCUGAGUCUGUUUUUUAAAAAGCUUAAAGACUCUUUUUGAGGUGAGCCUGAAGAAGUCGUGUUUUGUUUUUCGUCUGAGAAAUUGAAAUAUGUGCUGUGUCGUGAGUCACAGAAACGAGGCCGUCCUGUUUUCCUGUUCGGUCUGUAGUAGAAGUUAGUCGAGGGCCUGAGCCUGUGCCUGGAGCAGAUCACUUGGGCUUCCUCAGUUUGCUCAUCCACAAAAUGGGGCAGUCAUCCUCGCCCUGGCUACCUUUCGCAGUAGUGGUGACGACACGUCAGAUAACUAUGAAGGCUUUGUCGCUGUAAGUCACCGCACAGGCGGGAAUGAGUAUUCUUAUCUCUGCGCGUUACCAGCCCGUGCCCACAGGCCGCUGUCGCUGACCUUUGGCUGCAGGACAGCUGUGCUUCCCUUCCCCCUGCUGGGGUUUUCUGGGAGAACAAGGAUCUUGAAUGUAUUGGGCUCCUCCCCACUUUGGUUUCCUCUCCCGGAGCAGGGCUGUUCUUGGCCCCAUUCCUCCUUUGAAGAUUUGUAAUCACAAUAAAGUCCUCCUUCUAUUUA